UUUUGUCGUAACAGUUCUUACGCUUACUCUGCGCCGGAAGGAGCGUUAGAGUGCUUUUGCUAGUAUGGCGGCGGUGGAUAUCCGAGAUAAUCUCCUGGGAAUCUCUUGGGUUGACAGCUCUUGGAUCCCCAUUUUGAACAGUGGUAGUGUCCUGGAUUACUUUUCAGAAAGAAGUAAUCCUUUUUAUGACAGGACAUGUAAUAAUGAAGUGGUCAAAAUGCAGAGGCUAACAUUAGAACACCUGAAUCAGAUGGUUGGAGUCGAGUAUAUCCUUUUACAUGCUCAGGAGCCCAUUCUUUUCAUCAUUCGGAAGCAACAGCGGCAGUCCCCUGCUCAAGUUAUCCCACUAGCUGAUUACUAUAUCAUUGCUGGAGUGAUCUAUCAGGCACCAGACUUGGGAUCAGUUAUAAACUCCAGAGUGCUUACUGCAGUGCAUGGCAUCCAGUCAGCUUUUGAUGAAGCUAUGUCAUACUGUCGAUAUCAUCCUUCUAAAGGAUAUUGGUGGCACUUCAAAGAUCAUGAAGAGCAAGAUAAAGUCAAGCCUAAAGCCAAAAGGAAAGAAGAACCAAGCUCUAUUUUUCAGAGACAGCGUGUGGAUGCUUUACUUGUAGAUCUUAGACAGAAAUUUCCACCCAAGUUUGUGCAGCAAAAGUCUGGAGAAAAGCCUGUUCCAGUGGAUCAAACAAAGAAAGAGGCAGAACCAAUACCAGAAACUGUAAAAUCAGAGGAGAAGGAAACCACAAAGAAUGUCCAACAGACAGUGACCACAAAAGGUCCCCCUGAGAAACGGAUGAGACUUCAAUGAGAAUUGGACAAAAGGGAAGCUUGCAAGACUCCUCUUAUCAAUUAUUAUACCUCAGUACUAUGGUAGGCUCUUCGAGCUUUAAGAUACUUGGUCCACAGCUCUCUGAUUGGUGUGGAAUGUACUUGUUUAAGAAAGGAUGUUAUCCCCAUCUUGCUUUCUAUAUGACUAUUUCCUAAGUAUCUUUUGUAACCUUUUAUGAUCUGGACUUAAGCAGCCUGCUUACUCUCAUGUGUACUGGAGUAUACACCUUUAAAGACAAAAUAAAGGUAUUUGUUUGUUCA